GAAGAAGCAUCAAGAUAUUCAAGCAUGUUCCCUCAGUGGUUCAGGUUUGCUGUGGUUACUCUUAUCAAACUGGUGCUGGUUUUUGGUCGACAUAAAGUUGGAGCAGAUUUCAGCGAUAACUGCGACAACUCACCUAAUUCCCUCUCAUGCAUCCACACGUAUGAAGAGCUUUAUAACAGCUUAGCAAAGUCAGAAAACAGUUUUAACAUUGAGUCAGCUAUAUAUCCAUCGAGGAGGCCUUCUUCUGUCCGUGUGUUUGUAAAUUUACAUGGUCCUAACGAGGCAGAAAACCUCAUCGUGCCAUACACUUGGAGCCUUUCCUGUUUGUAUGUUGCUGUCCCACCACUCAUGCUGGAAGUUUUGUCCCUCGGAUCCAUCCUUGUGACGCCUCGGACUCAAACACUGAAUAUAACUAUUCCAUAUUUCUGCUGUAAUGUGUCAAAGAAGGAGGAUGAAAGAAGGACAAUAAUUAAAGAAAGGAUUAAAAGAGCUCUCGCAUCGCUUCAAGAUCUUGCCGUAUCACCAGGGAUACGGGAUCCAAGGAUGAACACAGCGGAAUGUGUUAUAGAAGGCCAUGGAAUAGACAGAGAGGCUACAGGACGCAGUGUGUACAUCAAAAUAAUCCAUUGGUGUUCAUUUCUUUUCACUUUGGCAGUUUUCUAUUUGUUAACUUCAUUUAUUGAACAUUGUAGAAAAGAAGGUUGGCCAGAGAAAACCACAGGGAGGGAACACACGAAUACAACCGGCCGAGACAGGCAAAAGAUCAGGAUAAAAAAUACUGCUAAGGCUAUCUUCUAUCUAGGUCUUUUGUUGUCAGUUCUUGGUUUAAGUCAACAAUUGGUGCUCCUUUUACUUUUUGUAAAUUUUUACCUGGAAGAAGUUCUCCUCUACAAGGACAUUGUACCUAUUUUAGUCUGUAUCUGGUUUGCAAUGGCAUUCAAUACAGUGAUUGGCCUAAUACCACAUAUCCGUAAGAAAUUAGAAAAUUAUUUUCCAUGGCUUAAGACAGACUCGGCUGACAGGGGAGAAGGUAUGAGCUGUUUUUCUAAACCGGUCGCCUAUACAUGUGCAGCCACCACUAGUUUCUGUUCCUGUUGGAUGCUAAUUGGCAUAAUGCUUAACCCGACUUGGGGUUUGACUGUUACGCUUAUGAUAUGCUUUACGUUUGCCUCCUUCACUUAUGCUGUCUACGAAUAUCUUACUUUAGUUAGCUGUAAACAAGAUGGAGUGAAACCCGAUAAACUGCAUGCUCUAUUACCUGGUCUUUUGGGUUUCCUUGCUGUUAUUGUCUUAAUUCCAGUAAUUGUGUUCGCCGGCCAGUCAUUUAAUGGAAGAGAAACUGCGGAUGAAACAUUGAAGACCAUACUUAUGACUGCUCUUGGUUCCUUCAUUUCGUGGUUGUCUUGGAAGAGGCUUCUGGACAAAAGCCAAAAGUCAGAAGAGAAACAAAGUUCAUUUAUAGAAAAAAGCCAAGCAUGUUGCAGAAUGGUGCUAAGUGGUGAAAAUAUCGAAUUUAACGAGAAACAAAGGAAUGACAUAGAGAGCAAAGUGUAGCAAAAUCUGAAUUCGUCGGCUUAAAACUCGGUCUCCAUGUGGAAUACCACUUUUAUUUGCAAUCGACUUCUUAAAUUACGAUUUGUAAGGUCAAAGAAGAUAUUUGAAUCGGUUUGCAGAGUUUGAAAUGUCAAAAUAGUAAUGAAAUGGCGGGAAAAACUAUUUCCUACUGCCUCUCUUAUAACAUACGUUGAGUAACCACUCGUCUGGAAACUCAUACAUU